AUGCACACACCGAAAAAUACGAAAAACCAAACGCAAGUGAAUGGACAAUCGGAAAACAGUGAAGAACGAAGAAACGAACCAGUUAGUGAGCGAAAGAAGAAACAAAAGAAAAAAGAAGAAAUGAAGAAAAAUAGUGACGAACUGAGAGUUAUUAAAACCAAAUUGGAUGCAAUUCUGAGGAAGGUGAAUAGGGUGCAUGAAGCGCUUUAUGUGGAUGCAGAAAAACCCAAUGCUAACUUGGGAAGUAGGCACUUUCUGCAAUUACAACUAAAAACGAUCGAAGAUGCGAUGAUUGAGUAUAACGCACAUCAACAGCGCAUCUACAGCUUAAACGUGAGUGAUGAAGCUCUCGAAGAAGCAGAAAUUAUGUACAUCCAAUUCGAACAGCAAUACGGUAAGGCAGCAGGAAUAAUUGACCAGGAGAUAAUUAACAACAACGAUUAUGCUGCAGCUUGGACGACAUUGACCGAGAGAUUCGAAGACAAACGGUUGAUUAUUGAUAAACAUAUCGAUGCUCUUUUCGAUUUACCAAAAAUGACGAGUGAGAACGCAGCAGAUUUGCGAAGGCUAAUAGAUAUCUGUUCUAAAAACGUGGAUGCACUCAGAAACCUUGAACUUCCGGUUCACGGAUUAGGAAAGAGUAUGCUGAUUAAUCGAAUUGCUAAAAAACUAGAUGAUGAAACCCGGAAGGCUUGGGAAUUGAACCAAUCGACAAACGAGAUGCCAGAUUACGAUAUUACAAUGGAGUUUUUGAAGGAGCGAUGCCGAGUGUUGGAGAAGAUUCGUCAUCCGGAGAAGCGCAUUGUUAAGCCCGUAAAAUUACUGAGACCAAACACUGAAUUUAAAUCCAAAGGUAGCAGUCUGGUGGCGACUACUGAUAAAUGUCCGCAGUGUUCAAAUAGUCAUGAGUUAUGGAAAUGUGACGUUUUCAAGAGGGCAAAUCUUGCAGAUCGCUACAAUACCCUUCGUCGUAUUGGAGCAUGCUACAAUUGUCUCCAAAGGGGACAUAGGACGACCGAGUGCUCAUCGGAGCAUACUUGCAAGAAAUGCAACAAGCGCCAUCACACCUUCUUACAUCCAAAUGAGACAGCUACAAAGAAGAGUGAAACAUUUUCAACGGUACCGACAAGCACAAAAGAUGAUCAGCAAAAACUAAAUCAGGAGGUGUCUGACUCCCCAAGGUCACAUACUAACUUCAUUUCGGAACAUUUCGCUACAUUAUUGAGGUUGAAGAAAAAACCUGCCAACUGUUCGAUCGGUGGUUUAAAUGACAUGCAAACGAAGGUGCGAUUCAAAAUACACACAAAGCUGAAAUCUAGAGUAACUGACUUCACUACUUGCCUUGAGUUGCUCGUGAUACCGAAGAUAACAGGAGAGUUGCCAGUUUCGAAGAUUGAUUCCAGAUCACUCACCAUACCAAACAACAUCGAGUUGGCUGACCCGAAUUUUGGAGUUCCCGAUAAAAUCGACAUGCUGUUGGGCGCCGAAAUAUUUUUCGAGCCUUUGCAAUCUGGACGUCUGCAAUUGCCAAAUUUCGCAGCGGUACUUCAAGAGACCCAUUUUGGAUGGGUUCUCAGUGGUUCAGUUCCUGCUGAAAGACCUAAAACGACCAGCUCGUUUUGCAUACGAGCCGAAGAAGACAUUGACGAACUUGUUAAACGAUUUGGGGAAAUUGAAACAUACGGUGUUCACGAAAAUGUAAUGAAUCAACCGAUGACGCUUGUUUGA